AGCCAUGGUCCAAAUAUUUACUUCCUGGUUCGUGUUUUCAUGUGCUGCUGUAGUUGCAGGCUGGCGGCAGAAGCUAACUACUUAUUUGAAAGCUUCUUGCUAGUGGAUAGAAGUACAAUCUUGGUGGAUAACUAGCGACGUGUUUAUUUCAGUAAGUCUUUAUAAGGAAAUGGAAGAAAUUCACAAACAAGCCGGUAUGUUUCUGGAGCUGAGACAGCGUUUACAGACUGGUCUCCUGAUUUUAAGGAGUGAUGUUGCAGGGGACCCCUCUGAGGUCACUGUGUCUGGCGGAGAGUCCUCUCUUCAGAUCAAGGUGCCCACAAGGAUGCUGCCUGUGGCGCUGCCACCAGGGGUCGCCCUCACUGAGGGGUCCUGCAGACAGGUUUCCAACACAGGGGAGGAGGGGCUACACUUGAGGCUCCGCCUUCAGGUGAAUCAGCACACAGAAGCCCCUGGGAGCGUGAUGAAGAAGCUUGGGGUGAAGAAGAGUUACAGCUUCAGCUGUCAGAGGUGCAGGGAGCGGGUGCUGACGGAGAGGGUGUUUCAGCGAGUCCUUCCGUUGCCUAAUGGGAACUGGAACACGCUGGUGGAGGACUGGUGCUGCCAUGCAGACCCAUUUGCCAACAGGAAACUGCUGCCCAGACCAGGGGACUGUUUACUGGGUGACACCUACUUCCUGUUGCUGAGAGACAGCCAGUGUGACCAGACACUCAGACAGGAGCCCAGCCCUGCCCACAUAGACACCAGUCACAAUCAGGGCUCGCCACAGCCCAGUAGGGUGACUUCAGUUCUAUGCAGAGCCUGUGGGGCAGUGCUAGGAGAGACCGCUGCUGCAGAGACACUGAAGCUCUACAUCACAGAGUUGCUGGUGAAACGGAGUGAUGAGGAUGGAGAAGCCAUUGGCAACCAACACCGAUGGCUAUUCCUGGAGCAGACCAUCGCUGCCAGGCUAGUGGAAUUGUCUUCCACACAGAGUAUGUUCCGUUUUUCUCUCCAGACUCCAAAUGGAAAAGCAUUUAUCCUGCUCUGGCUCCUGAACUCAGACUCCCUGGUUGCCUCGCUUUCCUGGCCUGAUGUCUGUGGCGACUCCUCCAUUUCCACUGGAGAUGAUGUCAGCGUCCAUGCUGAUCUAUCAUGUGGAGCCAGCAGUGCAGUUAAAGUCCUCUAUCUGCCCUGUGCCCCCAGCCCCCACCAUAUUACGGACGCGUGGGAGAAAGAUGUCAGCGUUCACCCUCUGAUCCUGCCUCAAACCACCUGCCAGGAAGUGAUACAGCUCCUGACCUGCAGCAAUUUGAGUCUUCCCCCGUCUCUGCGCAGGAUGAACUCCUACCAGGUGGCAUUUAUGAGGCUGUGAGACCAUGCAAUCAUCCUUCCCGGACACAGUUGUGACAGACCAGAUGAAGGUGGUUUUAGGAUAGUAUGUACAAUUAACUAUUGCAUUCCUAAUUAAAUAUAUUCUUUGUGUAA